AUGGCACCUGCCAGCUCACUGGUUGGGUUGUUGCCUGAUAAAAAGAUCCCUUCAGAUAUUGUUUUUUUGACACAAAGCACAGAUACUUUCCAUUUCCUGCUAGCUGUUUGGCAAAGAAAAUAUGGUGGUGCCCACACAGCACCAACUGUUAAAAAGGAGAUAAAAGUGGAUAGAUCGGGUCCACAGAAGAAAAAUGAGUUGGGAUUGGAAUUGAAAUAA